AUGGCCCGCAAGCGAAAGAAGUCAAACCCAGAUGCUGCAGACACAUCGGACGGCCGCGAUGGCCUUCCACUGGCAGGGCCCUCGCCUCCUGAGCCUAUUCAUGCUUCCGGCUCGAGCAGAACUCUCCGUCCUCGGAAGCCCUCCCGGCCAAGCCCUCAUAUACCGGUGUCUCUCCCUCGACAGCGUGUGCCUGUAGAAGAUCGUCUCCCUGAGCCCCACGUAAAGCGCGCUCGUCUCGGUGCUCACGACAAAAGUCAGCGCACCGCUGUGGACGCUGAUGUUUCCGAAGUUGAACCCAAGGCAAAGCGGCAUCACCAACGGCAUCUGACCUCUCGACCGACGAAGCGCAUAGCCCGUAACUCGACAAAGCCAGCUGUUCCCAUCCAGACCCGUUACUCGCUCAGGAUGACCCCAGAUCGGAUCCGUAGAAGCCUUGCAACAUCGAGGCCCUCAGUUUUCGUCGAGCCCACCGCCUCUGUUCCCGUCCAACAUCCAAUCCCUGCUCGCAGUCCAACCCCUACCGCGGCUCUCAUCCUAGCUAGCGCUCAGGCUCCACCAGCUGUCGUCUCCACGCCACCUUCUGACCCAGUCGCUGCACGUUCAAUCCUGGCCUACACACGUUCUCGCAUUCAAGCACAUCCAGUCCCCAUCCGGAUCACGCAGAUUCUCAACCCUACUCCGGCUCCUAUCUCAGCUCCUACUUCAUCACCUAGUAUCCCGAUCUGUCCCUCAAUACCUAUCCCCUCUCGUCCUCCAUUUGACAUAUCGAUCCCGAUCACAACAUACGUACCCACGCAUCUCGCUUGGAAUGAACUUCCCGAAUCCGAGCAAGCCCGUUUGUCUGCUCAGUACGACGAUACAAUCAAUCGAGUGUGGACGGUAUACCGCCUCUUCCGUGGGGCUGGUUUCGAUAACUACGCUCGAGCACUGGGGUUAGCGGCCUGUGAUGUACCCGACGGUAGAGUGAAGGGGAUUACGCUGAGGACAUACCCAGAGCUUGCAGACAUCAUGAUCAAAUUUCGCGUAGAUCACAACCUCUAUGAGUUUUGUCAUCAUCCUGCAUUCCAAAAUGUGUUAGAUGCACCAAUCGACGAAGCCAUGUCCAAAGUAGAAUCCCUGUUCACCCCGUCAUCAAUUCUGCAUCCUUCGUCUCACCGACCGCCAAUCUCACUGAUUCCCACCGGUUCACUCGCUAUUGAUUCCCUUGCGCAUCCUUACUUCUGGGACCGCGAUCGCGUACGGCGUAGCUUUGUGGAACGAAGACCUCAGAAUGAUGUGGCUCCCCUUCCGCGGACUCCAGAGCUCGUGCUCGGGAUCAGCGCAUACUGGGGUCUAUACUUCGCAUAUUCGCCAAACAAGACAGCAGAGGAAGCUCGUAAGAGCAAGCUUUCCCAGGAUUUGAUCCUGGCGAUUGAAGACCUUUCUACCGUUGUGGACGCUGCGUCUCACAGCCCUGAAGCCACAUCGUGCCGCGCCGCUAUGGCCGAACGCUGCUUCUAUGCUCUCUACUUAAGUCGCGUUGUCGUUCUCUCAAGGUUCUUGGAUUGUCUCCCUCGAGAUUUACAUGUGCGGUACGCGCGUGCGGAAUGGGCUUCAUUUCAGCAUAGCCCGCCAUGCACUAUAGAGGGCGAUGACAUAUUCUCAGUAGUUUAUCGGCACAUAAUGAGGGCCCAAUGUUCCACUGUCGAUUUGAAGCGGACGGCUGAAGCUCGCUUUGACUCCCUGCAUUGGAAGAAUCAACAACACUUUGAUGACGAAUACGGCACCCUACCAUUCUAUAUUGUGGUCGAUGAGAUUGAAGCAGCCGUUCCUCAAACCAUAUCGAGUGGUCGCCGUCCGGCCUGCUCUCGUCUUGGCAUCAACACACUGUUCUAUGGAUUUGAUCAACCUCCGUGA